CCUACCCCAAAAGAAAAGUGAUGUGCUGAUUAAACUAUUCUUUUCUUAUUAAUAAUAUGCUUUCAAAUAUAAAUAGAACAAUUUGUGAUUUUUAUUAAUAAAAACACAAUCAUAAUGAUACUAGGUGAUCAAGAAAAGUUAAAAUCGUGGUUAACAUACGUUCUAGAGCCAUUGUGUGAUGCAGAUCCUGCUGCUUUGGCUAGAUACGUAGUUGCCUUGUUAAAGAAAGACAAGCCACUUUCAGAACUACAACAAACAAUGAUUGAACAGCUAGAUGUUUUCCUUUUGAAUAAUACCAAAAAGUUUGUUGAUUACCUCUUCAAGUCAAUGGAAACAAGAGAGUUUGAUGUGCCAAAGACUAUCACAACCACUACCACAACUUUGACGACGACUGCAGCGUCCAACAGUCUGAGCACUGUUGUCACUCAGUCAGCAGAUCUGGCUCAUGAUUUAUCUGGCAAUUUGUACGGCAGAAAUGUCGCAGACUUAAAACCUCCUGUUAAAGUUACAGUUGAAGCCAAUACUGUAGCUGAGCCCACAAAUGUGCCAGCGAAUUUGUACAGCAUACCUACCCCAACAGUACCUGAAUUGCCACCUGUAUUGUUUUCUGUAAAGGAAGUGUCACAAGAUCCCGGUCCGUUAGUACCACCCUUUAAAGUUUCAGAACCAGUCCAAAGUCACCAAAGUGCAGGUGACAAAGUUCUGGGCUCAGGUCGAGAGGCUUUGGAUAAUUUUGUGCCUGACAAAGAACAACAAUCGCAUUCAUCCAUGGAAAAACGUAGUGAGGAUAAAAAUUUGAGAGACCACUAUAGGAGGAAGGAGCGACCAAAGUCAUCUAUGAGGAAUGUAAGGAUAAGCUCUCGUUCAUUUGAUCAUCAGAAAAGAUCACGAAGUAGUACUGAGAGGGAUAGAGGCCGACAACGUGGGCAUAAUUGGUUAAAUAAGUCUUCAUCCACUAAUUGGCAUGAUCGAGACAGAAGGAGAAGCUGGUCGCAUUCUUUGUCUCCAAUUGCUGUUGGGAAAAAAACCAAAAUUGCAGGAACAACACGCUCCAGAUCUCGUUCGCCGCGUUACUCACAGAAGAGUCACUACCACGGUGGCUCACCGUUAUCAAGGGCCAGGUCGUGGUCUCGCUCUCGGUCGUACUCGAGGUCUCGAUCUGCUUCCAGGACUCAUUCCAGAUCAUCUCGCUCACGCACCAGAACUCGAAGCCGGACUCGAUCAUCAGAUUCCGAAAAUUCAUUGAAUGGGUUACGAGUGCAUGGUAAAAAUCGUAAAAAGGAAUUCUAUUCUGGAGCCAACACGCCAACACAGGAUAGUAAUCACGGAGAUGUUGAUAUGAGGUUAACCACUACUUCUCAAAGGAUACAGAGCCUUGUCAGUGCAAGUUCUAGCUCUCUCCUUGAUUCCUCUAUCACUGCUUUGACUACAGCAUCCUCAACAAUGUCUAUGUCAUCAAAGUUACGCUGUAGGGAUUUUGAUGAAAAAGGAUACUGCAUGCGAGGAGACAUGUGCCCUUUUGAUCACGGAAACGACCCAGUCGUGGUGGAGGAUGUGUCGCUUACGUCUGGAUUUCCGUUCGGGACGUCGUCGCCCACGUUGCCAAACAGCCUGCAGCCCCCGCCCCCACCCCCGCCCCCUCCCCCUCCGCCGCCACCGCCCCCCGCCGCCCCCCGCCCCCACCAGCAACACAGACUCAGCUCAAAGGGGUGGACUUGUCUGUCCCACCGCCUGCCCUGCCGCACAAACAUGGAAUAUAAUCCUGAUGCUCCCAGCAUGGAUUCUAAUAUGAUGUGGAAUCGGCCGUCCUUCCAUGGUUCUGGAGUAAGAAGUGCUGUUGUGCGAGCAGUUCCUGUGUCUCGUUCGAUGAUUUACUCAUCACAACAACGAGAACUGAUCAGUGUUCCUGUGGUAGAUCAAAGCCAUAAUUUUGGGCUCUCUCGUAAUAAUACCUCUUUUGUUGGUGGAAACACUGUGCCCAGUAACUCUGGUAACAGUGCACCAUACAUCUCAUCAUCAGAAAACAUUGCAUCAUACACAAGUACAUAUGCUUCAAUGAUUUCCAACUACGGUGGCAAGAAAACCUCUGGUUUUGAUUAUUCACGGCUGGGGCCCAGGAGUAAGAACCAGAACAACUGUUCACUGAAACUGAAAAAAGUUCCUCGUGGACUUAAUAACAUAUCACAUCUCAACAAUCAUUUCUGCAAAUUUGGAACUUUGGUUCACAUACAGGUUUGUUUUGAGGGUGAUCCAGAAGGUGCAUUAAUUACCUUUUCAAGCCAUGCGGAAGCAAAUGCAGCUUACAGAAGCACAGAGGCUGUUUUAAACAACAGAUUCAUCAAGGUCUUCUGGCACAAUCCCGACAGUGUUGACGGAAGUAAUAGUGGGAACAGAAACAGUGCGCAAACAGUAGAGUCAAAACCAUCAUCGGAUAGUCCACCCCGUCCUUCAGUGAAGGAACGACUUGGAAUCCCAAGCGUAAAUAAAAAUGAUUCUUUUGUGCAGCCUAGAAUUUCACAGGUGUCAAUGGAAAAGGUGGUAAUGAAAGGCAACAACAUAAUGAAAACAGUCUAUAUACCAACUGCUGUAAAAAAGACACCACCUGUUACUGCUAGUUCAGUACCUUCUGCAGAAACCAAAAUAUCUGCAACACCAGCAGCAAAGAAAUCUUCAGAUGCGUGGGCAACCAAAGAAUUACUAAAAAAGUACCAAGAAGAGAAACAAAAGGAAGCAUUGAAACUGAGUGCAGAUCUGCGAAGGCGCACCCAAAUUUUAAUUACGAAACAUAUAAGUGAACACAAAUCUGUUGUUGAGAAACUGGAGAAAGGUGUUAAAACUCCACAAGAAAGAGAAGCAUAUUUAAAUACACUUAAGAUGUUGGAGGAGCGAAUUAACUCACUCCGUAAUGAGCUUCUGGACAUGGUAGAGAAGAGUAGUUCAUGUGCCAAGGACACAUUGCCUCAUGAUCGUCAGCUGCAGUCUAGGAAGAGCAAAGAGGAGUUACAGCGUGAACUUCUUGAUGCUGAACUUGAUUUGUUGACAAAGCAAAAUGAGGGUGGUGACACAACAGAUUUGAAGAAAAAAGUUGCCGAGUUGAAACUUCGUGCACAUACAAUGGGAGCGUUGCCCGAGACAGCUUCUCAUGGUCCCAUCAGGGGAGCCAGACACAGUUUGGCUUCGACAAAAACUGCACGAGUCAUUCCUUACCACGUGAGGCCCCGUGGAACAUACGCUCAUGUCUCUGUGGACCAUAGACCAACAAAACUUCUCAUUUCUGGUUAUGAGCCCGAAGAGAAAAAUGAUGUGCUAUCCCACUUUUCUGUAUUUGGAAAGAUUGUGGAUUACUUAGAAGAUGAGUCAACACCUUCAAUUGUUAUGAAUUUUAAAUCACGCAAAGAAGCAGAGCAUGCGUUGCAGAAAGGGCGUAUGUUUCAGGACCGCGUUCUUUCCAUAAACUGGUAUAAUCUUCCUGUUGCAUACAGCAGCCGAGGUACUCAUAUGACGUUGUCAAAUAUACAUCAUCAUCUGGGAUCUAACCAUGAAGCAGUUGAUGAGUCUGGUACAAAACAGGACGGCCGUGGUGUUGGAGAUGAUCUAAUAGAUGAAACUGAAAGUUUGCUUCUUGAUGAGACUGAUGAUGUGAAUACUCCUGUAAUGGAACUUGCAGAAGAUGUUCUUCUGCAAGAUGACGAUGACGACGAUGAGGAUGGAGAAGAUCGGAGCUGGAGACGAUAACAUUGUUUUUUCACACUGUGUUAUGUGACCAAACUAUCAAGUGCGCUAGUCCAGAAGAUGAAUUCCAGAUAGCACAAUGGUAGUUGAUUGACUCAUGAAACUAAAUAUCUUGGAUUCAAGCCUGGUCUAGAAUCACAUUUCACUUAGUUUCAAACUAUUUAUUGGCUGUAUUUUAUUUUCCUAUUGUGAAUGUUUGAAAUGAAAUCUUAUAGUGACUAAAGAUUUGUGUUUGAUGUAAAUGUUUGCAGCCAACGAGUAGUCAUAGACAUCAUAUUUAUACCAGAUUUCUUAAAAACAUUAAUUUAUAUUAAAAAAAGUUAAUCUUUUUUAAGCUUAUUUGUGUAUUGAAUCAUUGUAUCUUUUUUUUUUGUUUCAUGAGCUAUUUUAUACCGAAUAUUCAAUGAAUUCAGAAUAAUUAAGGAAAUUAAGUAAUAAAAAAAUUUAGGUAAUCUGUUUAUAAAACAUACUUUUUAAUGAGUACAAGUAAGUUACUCAAGCUAAGGAGUAUUGAUUAGUAUAGCACUAAUAUUUUGUACCAUUACUUUGCCGUAUGUUAUGUUGUGCUCACUAUUAACCAUGCCCCAGUUUAUUCCAACUGUCUCAAAUUUCUGUUUCAUUCAUAGAAAAACUGUAAUUGAAAAUAUUGUGUUUUGUGUCCAAAUAAUGUAGAUUGUUUGCAGUUUUAUUUAAAUAAUUUUUGUGGUUGGGUAUUUUUGAAAUCUUAAAUGUGGUUAUUUAGACACACAUCUUGGCUACAAAACCACUUAAGAAUUUUUUUUUUUCAAAAUACAAAAAACCACUUUUUUUAUUUAUAUACAUUUUCAGUGACUAUGUUCAUUCACUUUAUUUUUUAAUUGUGGAAUGAUUCUGCAGGCAAGACAAAAUACAAAGGGAAAAUUUUAGGUUUGAAAAAAGAAUAAAUUGUGUCAUGUUGGAUACCAACCAUCAUAAAAAAAAACUUAUUUAUGGAUUACAAAAUGGAAAAAUUCAUAUGUAUAAUCACAUUUCAACAGAGUAAGUUUAUGGAUCAUUGGUGGUCAUUUUUUUCUGGAUUCUUUCUUCUUGUUUUGCCAGAUUUUAUCCUUCAUUGCUGGCCAUCUCAGAAGUGAUGAAAUUUUAGCAUGGUAUACACCGCAUCGUAAUAACCCAUGCUGAGACCAUCAACAAUGUCAUCAUGAUCACUACUUUGGAUCCUUACAUCUUUUCCUCGUUACCUUGUGUUCCACGAACUUCUAUUUUUUGGGUUGUUAGCUUCUCACUAGCCAAGUUAUACUCUGAAUUGCUGUCUAAAUUCAAAGACAAGUCUGUCUUGAAAUGCUCAGUUUAUUAAUUUAUUUUGUUUUAAAUAUAUUUUAUUAUAAUAAUAGUAAAAUUUAAAAUUCCAUAGAAAUUUCAGUUAUAGUUUGAUGUGUUUUGUCCAAAUAACUGUGUAGUUGAAAUUUCAGUUGUGUCUUAAUUUCAUUAUAAAAACUUUUACAUUAUCUGAUCAUAAAUAUAAGUCAAUAAGUUACAUGAUAAAUCCUCAGAUUUUAGACCCAAUU